AGCACGAUUCAUUCACCAAUCUAUCAUCAUGUAUAUACAACGCCGCGAGAAGAGGUCUCGCUCAUAUCUGACUCCUCGUAUUCUCAGAGCGACGAUGCACGCUGCGAGUGCCCGUGUCAAGCCACCCGCGAUGCACUCACCACAGCAAGUAUUGCUUUACUUGCUUUAGUGAUAAAGCAAAUAGCACAUGGAGUAGGUCUUCGGCAAUUUGCUCCGCUUUGCAGAGUCAUCGAAGCACUUACCUAUAAUCCGUAUUGAAUGCCGGUUGCCUACAGUGCAGGCGCGUUUCAAGGUGACCGAUCCGACAGUCGACGAACGUCUGAAGCAGAUCUGUCCGGCUGACUCGAGAAAGCGAGUGUGCAGAAGCGAGCGUGCAGGCGCGUCACUACUAUGAGCUCCGUAAUUUGUUCAAGUCGACUCGCAGUGCUCUGGAAAGUGCGAAUACGUCAAAUUUGCCUAUGUUGCACCUUGUCAAGGCGAUUCAACAUCUCCGCAGAGAGAGGCAGUCGGCGUCAAUGCUUGAUAUGCUUGCUAAAAAUCUGGAACACAACUUGGAAAGUAUCACGAUUCCGUUCGACAGAUUGCGAGGACUCCACUCGGCGGUGCGCAAAACGACUGCGGCGGCGCACAGGUGUCAACGCACUUGAGUGUUCUCAGACGGCCACGGCGACCCACCGCGAUCCAUGGGCAGACUGUCACGUAUGUAUUACUCGUGCUGGUCGCGAUCCGAGAUCUGAAUUUGAUUCCGCUGAAAUAUUGUGCUCUCCGCGUCGGGCUCAGUGCGCUGGUACAGCUAAGAUUCUUCCUCAGUCAAGCUUCAAAUUUAAUGACCCUGCGAACCUAAUGAUGCGCGCAAUCAUCGGCGCUGGCUUCACGAGUGCGCCCAAGUCACAAAUUUGUUGUAACAAUGAUCAUGCAGAAUUUGGUGAUUUCGCAUGGCUCCAAUGGCAUGUUUUCUCAUCCUGUAGACGUUCGCGUGUCGUGCGAAGGCAAAUUCUAAGGUAAAGAGCCGAAGCUCUCCCGAGUACCAGUUGACGAUCGAGAAAUCACUUGAUGGGCAAUUGCUUCGAUGGAUCUUAAAUUGGUC